AUGUUGGAGUAUAUGGAGUAUAUGUCCUUGCUCCGUUUGCUGGUGAUUGCCAUCAAUUGGAGUUGGCCAGGAGCAUUGCCAGUUUGUGCCCAAUACACAAUGGACGACGAAAGUUAUCUAAAUGGCGAACAGCGACCACUAUGGAUACUUGAGGAUCAGCUAAUGAAGCGAGAGCGUGAAGAUCGACCAGAGGCCGAUUAUAUAACAAGCACGCGGGCUGUCCCAACCACACGGAGACAGGAGGCAAGAUCACCGGCUUCCAUAACAUUUCUAGUCCGCGGUGGCGGCUCAGCUACAACUAUUUCACCAGUUUUAAUGUCGCCUCAAAGGCGUUUUAUGUUGCCACGAAGAGUGCAAUUGCCCCAUCGAUAUGUUCAGGGGAUGGCACGUGCCCGAAGUCUGCCACCACCGCCAGCACCGCCAGCACCGCCAGCACCAGCAAGGUCACCAAGAUCACAACGACGACGAGCUCAACAUUUGCCCAUCUUUGACAAUGCGCCUGGGGACAAUGCCUUGACGGAGCGAAAUUAUCCAAUAUUUAUCUAUAAUGGUACCAAGGGUGAACUCAUUGUAAACACUAUGCUUAGCCAUCAGAGAUAUCCCAUGAAGGAGCCAGUGCCGGGACAAGUUCUCUAUCCGCCAUCGACUCCAAUGUUUCGACCUAGACCCAUAGUGGAACGUUUUCGUGUGCCUGGCCAUAGGGAAAUGCUCAAUUUAACUCUAAUACCCUUCUAUGCACAUGAGGCCAUAACGACAUCAGAAGCACCCGACACAACCACCACAAUGACCACCACAAGCACCACCACCACAACACCCACACCACUGACAUCCUUUGAGACACAAUUACCGCGCAGUAGCAAGCGAAAAAAGCGAAAGAGGGCCAAACAAUACAGUGCCUAUUAUUCACCUGAGCAGGUAGUUCAAUGGCAGCCAUCCUAUGACACGACCAUCAAUGAGAAUCAUCGUCAUUUCACAGUCACCGAUAGGCUGGAAAGCUUGGUGGAAGAAAACGAAGAAGCAGAGGAGGAGGAAGAUGUGCAAGAAGAAGAUCACGAGCAAAACCAAAACGAAAACGAGUCAAAAUCAACUUUUGAUAGAAAAAUCGAUAUUGAUAUAGUAGAUGGAACAUCUAGCAAUGGUCCCACCCAUUCAUCCGCCUUUCAUAUAGUCUAUGUGGACGAGAGUCUAGAGCCGCCGGCAAUUAGCAGCAGCAGCCCACCCAUGCCACCCAUUCAGAGUCGACAAAGUUCACGUUAUGCAUUGAAACGCGAGUAUUUCGCAUUUCCGGUAUAUACACUGGGUAAGCUAUUGCAAAGUCCUUCUCCUACGACCCAACAAAGUCAGCGGACCAGUCGAGAAAAAUGCACCAAAGAUUGCACCGACCCAGACAACUCGGUAGAACAAAUGGAAUCCAAUAAUACUUGGUUUAUUUUGAAUUCCCGGUAA